AUGGUUCAUUUCAUGUUGAGCCGCGCUUUAGCCAUGUUCGUGUAUUUGUGGGUACUUCUCGUGAGUGUGGUUGUUGCCACAGAGAAAUCCAAGUUCCGAUUCAUAUUUGAUAAAGUGAACGUUAAGCACUCGGCACCAGAACUUGUUGAGGAGCUGCACUAUUCGAUGAUUCAAAUUAAUAAUCGCAGUUACAUCAGUGGCAACUUGAUACUCAAACGUAAUAUUAGUAAAAUGGAUGUCAACUCGUGUAUGGACUUCUGGAAAACCGAUAAUAAAAAGGUGCGCCUGUACAACUUGCACACGGAUACGUGCUCCUUUUUAACAAUGGUACAUAAAAACCCGAUCAUGAGCACCUUCUCAAAGAGCUUGAAAAAGGCAUACGACUGGGGACUUUCAGUGUCCAUUUAA